UCCGUACGCGUGUUUCGAAACAUAUGAGCCUUGCGAUACAGAAUGUGAAUAAGAUCGAGCGCUUCCUUCCAGCAAAUGGAGAAAUUAAUUAGUCCACAUUCUCAUUUUUAGAUACACUUUUCAGCCUUAAUUCCUUCACCUCAUUCCAUUCCAACCAUAUUCAAGAUGACAGAAGCGUGGAAAGCCUUGUCGCACUGCCUGCCUAAGCUCAACGCCAAUGACGAGGCUUGGUGGCAAUUGACCGGCCAACACCUCGCCUCCCUCGUUGAUGCUGCCGGUUACUCAAUGGAGAAACAGUACGAGGCGCUACUAUUCCAUUACCACUGGACCGUUCCAUACAUGGGUCAGGCUCCUGGGUUGGUUGCCCCCGAAAACCUCAAGUGGAAAUCGCUUCUAGGUCUUGACGGAACCCCAAUUGAGUACUCAUGGAAAUGGAAUACCGCCUCCCCCAACUCCAAACCCGGCAUUCGCUAUGUCGUUGAGCCUAUCGGCGAGUAUGCAGGCACAGAGGUCGAUCCGAUGAACCAACAAGCAUCACUCGACCUGCUCCACCGCCUCAAGCCAAUCCUGAAGGGCCUCGAUAACACAUGGGCUCAGCACUUCUUCUCUACCCUGUUUGAUCAUGAUAAUGCCAGGAUCAUGAAGGAGGCGGCUGCUGGAGGUCAUUUGGCCAGCACCAUUCAUCUCGCCGUUGAAUACAACGACAAGGGCACUGCCGUCAAGACUUACUUCUUCCCCCGAAAACUAGAACAGGGUGGCCUGAUGCCUAUGAGUGACUGGAAGUCCUCAGUUGAUGCAUUGGAAUUCGAACCUAAAGAUCAGAGCAGCCCUGCACCUGCUGUCUUCCAGACACCCGCUCGAACUGCACUAGACAACUACCUUGCUAACAACGCUUACGGAAAGCAUUUGACCCCAAUCUCCAUGGCCAUAGACAAUGUAGCACCUGAGAAGUCUCGCCUGAAGUGGUACUUCCACACCACCCAGACCAGCUACGCUUCAGUCCGCGACACCAUGACUUUGGGAGGCCUGAUCAAAGGCGCUAAGGUUGAUGCACUCCUCGACGAUUUGAGAACCUUGGUCAACGUCACCAACGGUGUGCCUGAAGACUUCCCAGAGGAUGCAGAGGUUCCUGCAGGAUCGGAACUCGAGGUCACCUGCGACUUCGGUGACUUGACCUCAGUCCUCAGGGGUUACCUCUACUACUUUGAUAUCGCCCCUGGCAAAGAGACUCCAGAGGUUAAGAUCUUUGUGCCAACAAGGUACUACGGCCGAGACGACCUCACGCUUGCCAGGUCUCUCACCAAGUGGAUGGAGAAGAACGGAAGAGGAGCACAUUGUGAGAGGUACAUGUCCAUGUUGGAGGGCUUGGCCGGUCACAGAGACUUGAAAGAUGGCAAAGGCUUGCAGUCGUAUGUCAGCUGCUUGUUCAAGAAGGGCGAGCUCGAUGUCACGACUUAUCUAGGAGCUGAAGCGUUCCAUGAGGGACGCACCGCCCCAAAGCAGACACCAAAGCGAAGGGGCACGUUGAAGCGCGAUGAGUGGUAUUGAUCUGUGUGCGGGUCAUUACAGCAAAACCAAGUCGAUUCUUUUUUCUUUGGUGUUGGUGGGUUCACAAAGUGCAAGCGAAGGUUAUGAUUUUUAGAUUACGACACAAAUUGAA